AUGUCACGUUUGGCAAAAGAAUAUAAAGCUAUUAUGUCACAAGAUGAUAUUCUCUUAUUACCACAAACACCAGAUGAUCUUACGUCAUGGAUAGCUAUUCUUGUUGGACCCAAAGAUACUCCAUUUGAAGGACAUGAUUUCAAAUUAUUCAUUACAGUCCCAGAAUCAUACCCUAGUUCUCCACCACAAUUAAAAUUUGAACCAAAUCAUGUGCCACAUGUGAAUGUCGAUUAUAAGACAGGAGAAAUUUGUUUAGAUAUAUUGAAAGGUGAAUGGUCACCAGUUUACAACUUAUUAUAUACUGUACAAUCCAUACAAAGAUUAUUGAAGGAACCCAAUGCUGAUUCACCACUGAAUCUAGAACUUGGAAUACUAAUGAGAGAAGGUGAUGAGGCAGCGUACAAUGGACUUGUCAAGUAUUAUCUAUCAAGAAAUCGUUAA